CACAACUCCAAUGAACAUUCAGAAAAACAGAUUAUGUAAAUGAGUUAUGUCUGCUCGCUAAAACUUUCAAGUAACAAACGCUAACCAAGGAUUGUUAUAAUCGACAUUAGAAGUUAGCUUUACACCUGGCAGAGGACAAGGUAGAAGAGGAAUAUGGCUAUUGCUGAGGCUCAGCUGAUGCAAAGUGUUGGUUUGAUAGAAAAAGAUGCGAAUGGAGAUGUUUUGUGGGUAUGGUGCUAUCCAUCCGUAACUGCCGAGUUGCGAGAGCUUCUUUUAAGGAAAUGUUUCCUUACGGAUGACAAUGAAGUUCUUCAUACAUUUGUAUUUGGUCAGCACAGACGAAUAUGGUUCUACAUCACAACGAUGCAAGUUCAAGAGCCUAGUGUUCUGACAAAGGUGACACAUUUUUCUAUUGUUCUUACUGCCAAAGACUUUAAUCCUGAGAAGUAUGCAGCCUUUAGCAGGAUGCUGUGUAGGAUGUAUAUUAAACAUGGCAGCCCAGUCAGGAUAAUGGAAGGCUAUAUUGCAGUCUUAACAAAAGGAAUCUGCCAAAGUGAAGACAACGGCGCUUUCCUCAUUAGGGAUUAUGAUGCCAAGAAGGCCUUCUUAAUUGGUUCCAUCAGAGAUGUAGUAUCACUGUUUGGAAUGGAAACGGUUAUUCUGUACACUGCACUGAUGCUGAAGAAGAAGAUUGCAUUGUAUCAUCCAAGAAUAGAGUCCCUGCUGGAAUUUACCAGAACUCUUCCAUCUUUUGUCUGGCAUCGACAAGAUUGGUCAAUUCUACACCCAUUUGUACACUUAAGUGAUUAUGAACUGGAAGCAUUAAAAGCUUGUACAGGUUAUGUAGCAGGUUUCACAGACUCCAAAGUAAGCAACAGGACAGACCUUUAUGAUGUCUAUGUGAAUCUGGUGGAUAGUGAGAUCACUAUUGCCCAACAUGCAAAAGAAGCAUUAACAAUGGGUAAACUACACAAGGAAAUUGGACAUCUUAUCAUCCAGUCUGCAGAAGAUCCUGAAAAAUCAAAUAGCCAGGUCAUAAAGGACAUAACAGUGAAAACAAAAGAAAUACUUGCAAACUUGGCAUCAUUAGCAGAAGAUUCUGGUAAUUCUAGGCAAUCAAAGAUCACCCUAGAAGUCCUGAAACAACAUCGAUUCCCCCCAGCAACAGAAAACUUUUUAUAUCACUUAGCUGCUGCUGAGCAGAUGCUCCAGAUAUGAUCUUUAUUUUUUGUUACAGCAUUUUGGAUAAAGGACUGGAAUAAUUUUAAUCAUCUAUAAAAUAAAAAUAACCAUUCAUACGUGUAUAUAUUCGGUGACAUAUAUAUAAUGGUGCUGAAAAAGUUGACAUUUUGAUAGUAUUUUUGAGUGCAAUGUACAAAUAAUAGUACAAGAAGCAGUCAUUGUGCUCUACGAUUAUCUCUCAUCUGGCCACACUUUUGAUCGACACUAAUAGGCACUAUACCUCUUACAUUAGAGAUAAAUGAAAGGCCUUUGUCCUGUUCUACCUUCCAUUUAGUUUUUGAGAUUUUGUUGGACAAUGUGUGGAAAUUGUGCACAGUUUCCCAUGUACUUGUUUUAAACUGUGUGUAUGGAUUUGAUUACAGUGUGCAGCAGUGAUUAGUCAUAUUCAGGGCAAUAGCCAGAAAAUUGAGGUCUACAUCAAGGUGUUAUGAUUCUGUCCCAAACAAAAUUGCUUGUUUUUAUGCCUGAAGCCUCUGUUUAGUUAACUAGUAAUACAUCAGCUCACAUUCCCUUUGGACACUGUUGUCUUAUUUGCUGGCUCACUUGUAUGUACACUUAUUUAAUUUAUAUGUUUACAGACAGGAGACUUGUGUUUUACUGACUGAAUUAAAAUAGAUAGUCUAAUAAUAAUAAAUAGUCUAUGCCUGGUGGCAUCUAUGGUUUUGAUUUCUUUCUUGACUUUUACUGUCUUGUCUGAUUUGUCUACAGUUGCUUAAACUGUGUACAUAGUGCCAGUGAGGGCUGUAGUGGUCUGAAAGACUGACUUUCUUCUCCUGGAAUUUCAGUUUCUAAAACAGGCAUACACUAAUGCCAGCAGAAUUUUUUUAUGCUUUCAUAUUCAUUUACAUUCAUCUGCUGCUCUGCAGUCAUUGAAUGCUGGGUGUUUGACCCUUGAUUACUUUCCUUGGAAAGAAGAUUUGGCAGCUCUCACUUCAUGAUCCUAAUAUUUGUAGUCAACAUUUCACCAACUUUGACUUACUCCAAAUCCCUGUCUUCUGACAACACUAUUGAAUGCCCUGCCUUUAUACCACUAAUUUGUCUUGUAUCGGCUUCCAACUGGUUGAAAAUUUUCUACUGUUGUGCAUACAAGAAAAAUGCAUACUUUCUAGGUUCAACUGAGAGUUAAAAGUGCUUCUGUUCUUGAGUGCGGCAAUCAGAUUUACUUUCUUUUCAUGGAGUUACCUGGUGACUGCAGUUUACGUACCCUAUUGAUGUAGCAAACAUGCCAAGGGUAGGGUUGGGGGGAUUAAGUUACAGGAAAGAAAAAUAUUUUAAGUAGUAGUUUUUUUUUUGAUGCACAGGUAUUUUUUAGCCUAGGGGUGUAAAAUAAGUCUGCAUUGCUCAAGGAUAACAAAGGGAGAAAAGAGUAUGAAACAAAACUCAGUGCGUAACACCUUACAUUAGCAGAUGAAUUUAAGCUGUUCAGCAGUUUUUAGCCAUUUGAGAGGUGAUGCUACCCACAUGAACAUGGCUACCAGGUCUGUUGUGCUGCACAUGUCACUAAGGCUAGUCUUACAGGAUCAUCACCUUAAUUUUCCUUUUGCAUGUGUAUGCUGUGUGGAGUUAACACCAGAUCUUACUUUAAGUGGAAUGGGUUAAUGUUUGAGGGAUCUUUCCGUUGCUGUAUUUGCACAGUAUAAAUCUGUUGUAAAUGCCUCAUGUUGUCUACCUAACAGUACUUUUCUCUUUUAUCCUUUCAUCUGGUUUCUUUGCAGUCCAUUUCAUUUUCCUUAUUUCGUCAUCUUCUGCAACUCUUCCCUUAUUUAUUUUCUUGAACAAAUUACAGGGAAAUUUAAAAAAAAUCACAGUAGUUCUUGCAAAAAAAAAACAAAGAAACCCCCACAGUGUGCACCAGAGGACCCCCCCCCCAAAACUGGAUUAGGUAAUCUAGCUGUUCUAUUCACCAAACAGCCUUGUCUUGUGCUUAGAAUCAACUUUUCUGUCUUAAUAAUGCCCUUUACCAUCUUCAUAGUUUGUUACUGCAACACCACAAAUAAUAUGAUCCUCUAUGUACUACAUGAAUGACACAAUCAGAUUAAACACAUUCCCUUUAUGUUUCAUACUGCCUCAUACAUUUCCUUAAAAAAUCAAAUAAAAAAAUCUUUCAGUAGUUGUAUGCCAUGUGGUUUGUAUGGACUAUCUUCCAACAUCCGUGUACAUGUAAUGGCGUCAUUUAGUGAGUACAUACCUGGAUACUCAGAAGACUUGUUCGCUAAAGACAGCCAUCUCCUGCUCCUUCUAGCACUCAUCUUUCAGAUGUCUUUCUUUCCUUACUGUCCAGCUCCCAAAAACAGAGGUUUCACAUCCACCUAAAAUUUAAUCUACACAGCUGUAAAUCUGCAGACAAAAUUCAGAACGUGUGGUAUGAGGGCUUUUGCUCUGUACAUCCCUUCAAGCAUAAACCACUGUCCCCUGCAAACAUCUGACUAAGCUUUUCUUGGUUUAGAAAGGAUCUUGGAGCUACCUCGCAUUGGAAAUCCUAACUUAUUCAGUUAAGCCUAUGAACAUUCUUAGAAAUAUCUCCUCCUUCAGAGUACUAAACCAUUACUUAGUUUGAGAACUUUCCAUUUUCUUAAACAUCUGUAGCAGUUUCUCUUUUGCUGAUUCUUCCCCUUGAGGACUUUUGUUAAAUCUUUGAGAGUAAUCAUGUUUACUUUGGAGUGACCUUCAUGUCACCCAUAUUUUUCAUAGGUAAGUAGAAGGCUAGCUACCAGUAUGAGCCUUGUUAAGCCUAGACAGUUUCCCUUUUGGUGCUUAAAUUAACUUAUUCCAUUUGAUGUUAGAUUGGAUUUAUCUAGCCUUUGGUUAUCAUACCAUAAGUAAUUUGAGGGAACCCAUGUAUUGAGUAAAGUGUUUAGGAGCUGCCUCUUUCCAUUAGUCUUGUGGUAAAUAUUCUGUUACACAUCCAUAGAUCCAAGUUGUGCUGGAAUAUAGACAAGGAUAAGCAUUGUUUUACAUGGAUAGAGAGUUUCGGCAGUGGUAUCUUAUGCAAGCUAUACCUAUCCCUCCAAACUGCUCUGUUGAUGUUGCAGUAGAUGUUAAGAUCCCUGGACUGAAUAUUUCUGAUGCAGUUUGACCUGCUGAUGUUCAGUAGGUCCAUCAGUAUUGGGUCAGAGGAUGCCUUGUAUGCCAGACACAGGUUAACUUUAAGCAGUCUGUAGAAUAACGAGUAUAAUGACAGGGCUUUGAGGUGAUCAUGUACAGUGUAUUGUUUAGGCCUUGUAUCCUUUUAGUAAGGUUUUUCUGUGGGUAUUCCAGUAGUUGCAUGUGUGUUGACAGGUACAUGGCAAAGGGGGCAUUAUACUCAAUAACUGGCCUAAUGAGGGCUAAGUAAAGUGGAACAAUAUAUCUAGUUGUAAUCCCUUUGUUUAUAAGCUGUGUAAUACAGAACUUUUUUUAUCAGAGUGGACACAUGUUGGUAGAAAGUUAUCUUACUGACCAUAUUAAGUUUUCACGUCCCAAACUGUGUCAGCUCUCAGAGGCAUAUUGUCAGUGUGGUAGUUUCCCAGGGUAGAUGACUUCCCAAAUGAUAAGAUAAUUCAUUUUUUUGGCAUUUAGUUUCAGUCCAUGCUUCUGGCACAAGUUGUUUGGAACAAACCUUCUACACGAUGGUUAUGUCAUUUGGGGAUCCAGUAACUGCUCCUAGCUUGCGGUCAUAUACAAACUUAGUCAUCUAGAGCCCUUUGGUAUUGGUUUUUAUUUUUCACCUAAGAACUGCUUCAUCACUUGCCUGGGCUUGGAUCUUUCCCUUAUGGAAUACUUUUUCAGGAGUGCCAAUUGUUUAAACCUGUAGACAUCCUGAAUUGGGACGAUUUUUACCCAGUAAAGCAAAUCAUCGUUAUAUCACAUCCUUCCACUGACAUGGUGGAGCCACUUGCACAACACCUCAAGGAAGAUCCUUUGUCAUUUAUGCUGUGCUGAUGAGGUCAUAAGAAGGCUGUAGCGUGAAUGUCCACAGCAAGUGGCUUUUGGCUUUGUUGGCCUGAAUCUGUCAAUAACAACUUAUAAAGGAAAAUGUGAAAAGUCAUGGACAUUCAGAAGCCAUAUAGCUGAAACACGAUGUCCUUAGGGGUCAUUUACGUAUAUCCCAUGGGCCUCUGUUACAGAAGGUUUAAGGAAUCAAACAGUGCAAACUGUAGCUUAGCUAAGUUAUUCUUUUAGGUUUUACUACAUUCAUACAUACAACAUUUUUUUAUGCAUGCACACGUUUUUCAUGUUGUCCAUAUCCCCUACUGCCCUGAUUACUGAGGGUAUGUAUAUAGUAAAGAAAUAUGACUUUACCCCCCCCCCCACCCCCCCACCCACAAUCUUUCAUCCUGUGACCAUCAAGCCAUCAUCUUUUUUGCUUGCCUGGCCUUUAUUCCUCCCAACAUCCAGAGAAUCUUAGAAAUGUAGGCAAGAGUCUGGAAUCACAGCCAUCAUCCAGUGGGAGUUGGGAGGCUGUUCUACCCCCCUCUGCAUCUGUCAGUGGGUAAAUAAACAUACCAAAUCCAGUUAGUUUUUUUUGAUAUCAUCAUGUAGUUUUUGCUUUUUUCUCUGUGAUCACAAUACAGUGAUUACAUCCCAUGCACUCUCCAAGCAACAGGCAUUUGUCAAGACAUAGGACUAUGAUUUUCCAUAAGCAGUAAUAUAAAGGAAGGUGAAACAAUGUAAGUAUGCAUGUGUUCAUAUUCCCUCAAAAUCAAUUAACUACUAGAAAAAGUAAUACAAAGAACAUACUUAGAUUAGUUGUACACACUGAACACUCAUUCUGUAUUGCAUUGCCAGUUUUAAAUAAAAUACUGCUGCUAUAUAAUAGAAUUACAGAAGCUUUGUCUUCACAGUUUCUAGAUUCAGUAGCAUCACUCAUAUUUUAGUAUCUUAUCUAUGUAGCUGUCAGUUGUUUUUCUGUUAUUUAGUUCCCACUGUUGAACCAUUCAUUCCCCUUUUCUUUCCAGUGACUCCAGAUUUGCGGGUGGGGGACAGCUGGGGAAUACAGUCAUCAUACAGCAGGAGACAUUUGCAGUAUUCCUAACCUCACCCUUGAUCUUCCUACACAUGUACCACAGUAUCAGGGCUUGCUGCAGCAAGUCUGUGACAUAUAAGUGUGUCUAAGUUCAUAGAGACAGCCCUCUGUAGUAUCUGUGUUAAGUAGAUCAAAUACUGGCCCAACCUGAAUGCUGCAUUGUGGCUGGAUAGUCUGGCUGUGCUAGUUGUCAGCCUUGAAGCAAGCAAGGGAUAUAUCCCAUCCCCACAGGAUGGCUGAUGGGGUAUUUGCAACUUAUUGCCAUUGUCCCCACCCAGCUCCUGUAGCACCUGGCUUGCUAUGCUAGUCUAUCACCGAUCAUCUGUGAAGCAGCCAGGGUUUUACUACAUGGAACAGAGAUGAAAAGAUUUUCUUUCACUUUCAUUGUAGUAGUACUAGUGUUGUUUCUAAACAAAUUAAUGUCCACGCUGAGAAGAAAAAGACUGAGAAAAGGCAUUAUUAAAUAGGAGUUCAUCAUAUGUAUCGAGAGCUGCAGUCUGUAAUGCUACGUACUCUUAUGUUUUGUUCUGUGCAAAAAUAUUUAUGUGGGACUUUAGACUGAACUGCUUGUUUCACUUAUUGGAAAGUGGUUGUCUUUAUUUUCCUAAACAUUUAUAUGAUUUUUGCUUCUAAAAUAUGUGCUUGAAACAAAUUACAGCUUCAGUUUUUGCAACUUUAAUGUCCUGUAUAUACAUCUUUGUGAACUUGGUGGUGUUUUUUUUUUUCUUUUCAAUUUUUUGCAGGCAAUACACUACUUUGUUCACAUUCUGUAUGCAAACAGCUAGCAGAGUUGAAGUGGCCAUAGUCUAUCCUUUUUGUAAUUCUGAGGACUGUAAUUAUGAUCACUGUUCUCAGGAUUAUUAAAAGUGUUAGAGUGGUCAUAGUGGAGUGUCUGCUAAAUCCAAAUUUGUAGUACUUUACAUUAUUCCACAUUGCCCUACCUGCAGGUGUAGUGACUUCAGAAUUAGUGUGUGUGUGUGUGUGUGUGUGUGUAGCACACUCCCAUACCUCUGGAUGCAGGCAGGGAGCCUGUCACCCCUCAAGUUGAAAUACUGUAAAUAGUAUAAUAUUGAGUUUCAGUAUUCAGUGCUGUACAGAGGACUCGAAAAUUCCAGUUUAUUUUCAAUGUUGUCAGACUUGCAGUAGCAGCCCUCUCUUUUCUGAUAGGGAAUCAGCCAUACUUUAUUGUCUUUUCUUUUUAUUAUAUCUUUCCUACCCCAUCAGCAUACCUCAAAUAUGCACCUCCUGCACUGAACGCAGUCAUGUUUAUUCUGUCAGGGAUGGCUGCCAUCGUAUUCUGUGUAAGAGGCAGUAUUUUUUUAAAUCCACUUGUGCAAGUGAGUGAAUAUGCAGUGGCUUUUAACUGUAUUAUACUCAUUACAUCUGUGCUUAUGUGCCUGCUGUCCACAACCCAGGCACAACUUCAGUCUCAGUGUCUACAAGAUUGUUACUUGUGGGUCACAAAAACUCUUCUAUUCACUCUGGUCGAAAUCACUGCCUCUAAGGCCAACCAUUUGGCUUCAUUAUUAAGAAUAGUCCCUGAAGAUAUGACUGUAGCAGUUAAUAGACAUCCCAGAAUUUAAUUUAUGGGGCUCUGAAUAAAUGGACAUGGGUCAGGUCAUAGUGUCUCAGGAAGAAAAAGAAAUCAGUGAUCUUUGCAUACAAAACUUUUUUUUUUUAAGUUUAGACUGUAAGAUUUCAGGGAAAUGAAAGAAACUGAUUCAGGCUACAUGUGAGCAAAUUAAAACAGAAAAAAAAUUGCAAAGUCUGUUGGCAUAGUUGUCUCUGCACUUUGAACAAGAUAAAUUAGUUGAAGGAUGAUUUCUUAAGCGGUUUAAUCCUUUAUCAGUGCUGUGUUACAAAACAGAAAACCUAACAUAUAUAGUUAUCAUAGCUAUUUAUUUUCUGUUCUCUAUUAUUAGCAUUGCUGACUUGUUUACUUGUGUCAGCAAUGGCUGCAGCCUAAUGUUUCAAGUUACAGAGACUCCUGAAUAAAAAAAGAGGCAAUUUUUUGUAUGUUUGCAGUGAAUGUUGUCUCAUGCAGCCUAUUGUCAUUCCAGCUUUUUGUGUAUAAAUGACAAAUCUUACCCUGUAGUUGCUUGGUAAUCUUCAGAGAAAUGUCUUGCAGUUUAAUACAGUUAUGUGAUACAAUAUUGCUUAUGUUCAAGUUCAGAUUAAUGUAAAGUUUUAAAAUACAGAUUUUGUUUCACUUUUAGGCAUAGUAAUACUUUAAAUACUAAAAUGUACUCAUCUGUAGCACUUCAUAAAGAUAGUAGUGCUUUAUUUUUACAUUUGAAAAUUUGUUAAAGAAAUGCAACCAUUAUGACUUUUCUACUUGUGCCAAAUAAAGUACAUCUCAGAUUAUUA